GGGCUGUAGUGGCAGCGUGUCUUUUGUCUUGUGGGUUAAAAGCCGAUCAGCGCGUAGCCUCCCCGCUGGGCUGCUGUGCCCCCGGCCAUCUCGCACUGCUCUCAGGGAACGCCACUGGGCCCCUUUGCUACGCGCUCCCUGUUUUUGCAUCCCAAAUACGCUUGUCAGCCUUUGUGGUAGGACUUCAUGUCUGUAUUUUUUCCCAUUCACUGCCCUGAUUAUCUGAGAUCAGCUGAAAUGACUGAGGUGAUGAUGAAUACUACAUCUAUGGAUGAAAUUGGGCUAAGCCCCCGCAAGGAUGGCCUAUCAUAUCAGAUUUUUCCUGACCCCUCAGACUUUGACCGUUACUGUAAGCUGAAGGACCGCCUGCCUUCCAUUGUGGUGGAGCCAACAGAGGGGGAUGUGGAGAGUGGUGAGCUGAGAUGGCCACCUGAGGAAUUCCUUGUCCAGGAGGAGGAGGAGGAGGAAGAAGAAAACUGUGAAGAGGCAAAGAAAGAGAACAAAGAGCAAUAAAUGGCAGCUGAAGAAAAUACAAGGGAUUGUAUUGUCUUGAGGGAAGAGCCACACCUGUUCUGAAGGUCUUUUUUUCUUAAGAAAAAAGACAGACAAGUUCAAUUUUGCACCUGCAAGAUCUUAGGUUUUUUCGUAUUCUCUGUAUCGAGAACUGAAGCCCUCGAUGUGACAGACUCUCCAGACCUUCUGAGGAAGGAAGUCAUGCAGAGAAAAAUGUUUGCUGUUCUCAAGAUCACUAUCUGACUUUUUUAUUUUUU